AUGACGCAGAGAAACUCAUUUGAUGUUCUACUGCUGGGUGAAGGUAAUUUCACAUUUACUUAUAGCCUUGUAAAGAAGCUAACUAAAUCUAAGCUAUUUCACCGAUGCAAACCAUUUGGAGUGUCUACAGUAGCUUCUAACGACGACACCCAUGAUAGUGAUACCACCGGAACCGCUCCAACAUCAAAGGGGAAGCCCACUUGCUUUGUUUUGACCACGUCCUUCGACUCAAUAGAAGUUGUCAUGGAAAAGUAUCCCGAGUCCUUGCCAAUAAUGAAAUACUUUAAUGAGAAGAAACGUAUCAGCGUCGAGUACGUUGGUGGGGUCAAUGCCACAAAGAUCCAGGAAUCUUUGGGUUCCACGUACAAGUGCUUGAACUUUUGUCCGCAAUUGAUCAUCUUUAAUAAUCCGCACAUUGGGAUAGAGGAUCUGUACCGUCAUCGAUCGUUGCUCUCACAUACCUUCGCGUCUAUACGCACUCUUCCACCCUUGCCGGUGCCCGGCCCUUUUCCUAUUCGGGAAGUUGUGCUCUCUCUGUGUGAUGAUCAGCCUCUACGGUGGGGGCUGCUCGAGGCCGCAGCUCGGGGCGGGUUUGUGUGCGUCGCCGCCGUUCCCUUGCUUGGGGAAGAGUUUCCAGACUAUGCGCACGCGCGAGGUCAAAGUGACGCGAGAUUUCCUUACAAGUGGAUGGUUCAGUAUUACUUCGUCUAUCAUGCUGACUUCAAGAAUGCACCAGCAAUUUAUAAUGUCAUCCGAAGCUGGCGCAACUCCCACGCCGGCAAGGAAGAUGGUCUAGUUGCCGCGCCGCAAUUCGAAACCUGGUGCCGUAUUUACGAAUACUUUUACGGGAAUCGUAUUGCAGAAAGUCCAGAUUUGGAUUUUCUAAGUUCCAGCGAUAAUGGAUUGAUGGUGGACGACUUCCAUAUGUACGCACUUAUAGUUCAAGGGGCCAAAAGCGAGGAGGAGGAGAAGUGGAAAUGCAUGCCACUUGUCCACCCUUCCAUCGUCUUUUAUACCUCGGGUUGUUCUCUAUAUUCUUCGGUGAGUCCCGGUGACGGUACCUACCGAUCAUCAGCUCAUGAUGAAGCCAGCUUCUCGCCCUACUUGGAUCUUGACCACAUUGCUACCAUGUAUAGACUUCAGAUGAGAGUUGAAGAACUCGCAAGGCGUUUUGCGGAUUCCCUCCCACCUCCCGAACAGACAUAUUCCACACCGAUACCCUACCAUUUGAACACCAGCCGUCUUGGCCGCCCCCUGAAUCCUAAAGAGGCAGCAAAGUUGGAACGUUACCUACGUGGCUAUGGCUGUGCGAAAGCGGGCCGAAUCGGUGCGUCUUCAUCUGCAUCUUCAUCGGAGGUGUAUGCGUGCGCUUUUUGUCCUUCUCCGCGACACUUUUCCUCUAAGGAAGCUAGAGAUUACCACAUAAGGAGUAAACAUUCUGUGACAAGCCCAACCCCUUCAGGCGUGCAUGCCAAGACGAGUCGGCAGAUCAUUGGGUCUGAUUAUGCUGAGUUUAUGGGCAACCGAUCAUGCGAGUUACGCGAGGCGCGUUGUAAUCACCCCGAGUCUGAGUACUGUUCCCUGUGUGACCUCCUUUUCGUUGACUGCGACUCCUUUCGAGAGCAUUUGCAGUUUCUGACGCCACAAGAAAAAGGUACCUUUGUCUGCACAUUGUGUGAACCACCCGAGUCUUUUGUGAAUAAGCGGGCUCUUCUUCAGCAUAAUACAUUUAAGCACCUUGAUGUGCAAUGA